AUGGCGAUUAUAUCCGACAUUGAAGAAGAUCAGGAACCCCAAAAGGCUUCAACCUCUUCCCCUUCAGAAUCCUCUGUAGGUAAAUACGAUGAUGUCCUGAAACCGAUCCUUGAUAAACAAGGUCCUCUGGGUCUAAUGGAGACAGUUGUCGACUUCGUUCGUCGGAAAUCGGAUCUGUUCAAGGACGAAGCAGUGGAGAAGAAGGUUUCGGCCAUUCUUUCUUCUUUGAAAGAGAAGGAUGCAGAGGAGAAAAAGAAGGCUGAGGAGAAAAGGUUGAAGGAUGCUGAAAAGGCGGAGAAGCGUUUGAAGGAAGUGGAAAAGAAAGCUGACUCUAAAGAGAAGGAAUCAGCACAGGAAUUGAAGGCCGAGAGCAAAAAGGAGAACGGAAACGUGCGAGUGCAAGUCACUAGGGCCGAGGCUAAGGCCGCCGCCGCGGCGAGGCAGGCACAGAUCAAGGAGGCCAAGGCACAUGAUGCUCAACAACAGCCGAGGCCGAAGCGGAAGGAGAAGAAGGGACCGUCCUCCGAGACCCCGAAGAAAAGGCCCAGAGUCGAAGGGCCGAGUGCCAAGGCUGUCCAGGCCCUCGCAGCUCUGGGCCGAGACGGGCCUGCUCAAGACCCCUCCCCUGCUGCUGUCUCCCGAGGCCCGAGGGUUGCAACGACGAGGGCCGAGGUGGGGUUCGUCCCCCAAUGGUCAGUGAAGGAGGACGACACGUUGGCCGUCGGACGGGUCGCUAGAGAGUUGGUGAUGAAGGGGAGUCUUCCCCGAGAUGCCACCGAGGCCCAGAAGCAAGGGACGGCGACAAUGAUCACGUCCGCAUGCAUCUUCAUGGCGGGGGCUCAGAAUCAGAUGGGUCAGCUGGCGGCUCGAGCCGAGGCUAUGUGCCGAGACCUUGAGGUCGCCGAGAGGGAGAGGGUCUCCCUGGACAACGAGCGCACCCUCCUCCUCGAGAAGGUGGAGCACUUGGAGAAAGAGCUAGUCUUCGAGCACCGAGAGUGCGAUCGGAAGCUCUCGGAGCUGAAGUCGCAGGUGAAGGCCCGAAUUCAGGAAGCCGAGGCCCGAGGGGUCGAGAAGUAUCGGUCCUCCGAGGACUUCAGGGAGGAGAUCAAGCGCGCCAUCGCCCCGGGGUACACAAUGGGCGCUACCGAGGUCCGAGAUUGGGUCCGCGAGCGCUACCCCGGGGUCUCCUUCGAUGACAGUGGCCUCAUCUUCGAGGACAACGACGUGGAGGCGGCUCCAUCAGCCACCGAGGUUGCCGAUGCCGAUGGCGGAGGCUGCAGCGAGGAAGGCAAGGUCCAGCCACAUCAAGAAGUCCCCCCGACUCCCGGCCAUGGAGGUUCGGAUCAGGAGACUCUCCCAGCCGAAGACGAGGCCGCGAACCCGACGGAUGCCCCUUGAGGUCACCUCGGGCCUCAGCAGACCGCCGCCCCCCUUUUGUUAUGUAAUCAGCCUUCGGGCUUCUUGUAGUUCGGGCUUUAGGCCUUAUGUAAUUAGCCUUCAGGCUUUCAAUGUAACUACGGCCUUCGGGCCUGUUUUGUAAUCCUUGCCUUCGGGCUUUAUGAAUGCAUAAUUCCUUUUUCG